UAUAAAGAUUUUUGCACUGUAAUGUUUUUCAAGCAGCUCCCCUCUUCGGUUGUUCGAUAACUUUUCUUCUUGAAGUUGAACAUCCUGGUGGGUUGGGAGAUUUUUCAAACAGCUCCCCUCUUCGGUUCUUUGAUAACUUUUCUUCUUGAAGUUGAACAUUUUGGUGGGUUUGGAGCUUCAGCAAUGGAUAGAGGAGAUAUUUACGGAGCGGGUAGUAGUUUACGUGCGGGAGGAAGUAAUUCCUUCUGGAGAGGCGGCAACACCAUGGACGUUUUCUCGAGGUCUUCAAGAGGAGAAGACGAUGAAGAGGCCUUAAAAUGGGCUGCAUUAGAGAAAUUGCCAACUUUUGAUCGCCUGAGAAAAGGGAUAUUGAGAACCGCAGGAGGUGUUCCUAGUGAAAUUGAUAUACACAGUCUUGGAUUUCAUGACAAGCAGCAGUUGAUUGAACGGUUGGUGAAGAUUGCUGAAACUGAUAAUGAGCAGUUCCUCUUGAAGCUCAAGAACCGCAUCGAUAAAGUUGGAAUUGAGCUUCCGAAAAUUGAGGUAAGAUUUGAGCAUGUGAACGUGGAGGGACAAACAUAUGUGGGAAGUAGAGCUUUGCCUUCAUUCAUUAACUUCUUUCAUAACAUAAUUGAGGGUUUCUUGACUUUUGCAAAAAUUCUCAAAAAUGGAAAGAAACAUUUGCAAAUUCUUCAAGAUGUCAGUGGGAUCAUCAGGCCAGGAAGAAUGACAUUGCUUUUGGGCCCUCCAGCCUCUGGAAAGACAACCCUACUGUUAGCUUUGGCUGGGAAGCUUGAUUCCAGUCUACAGAGUUCUGGUAGGGUGACUUAUAAUGGGCACGAGAUGCAUGAGUUUGUACCCCAGAGAACUGCUGCUUACAUUGGUCAAAAUGAUGUGCAUAUAGGAGAAAUGACUGUGAGGGAAACCUUGGCCUUCUCUGCAAGAUGCCAGGGGGUGGGAACCCGUUACGAGAUGUUGUCCGAGUUGUCAAGAAGAGAAAAAGCAGCCAAUAUUAAGCCUGACCCUGAUAUUGAUGUCUACAUGAAGGCAGCAGCAACCGCUGGGGAAGAAGCCAGCGUGGUCACUGAUUAUAUUCUGAAGAUUUUAGGACUGGAAGUCUGUGCUGAUACCUUGGUAGGGGAUGAAAUGUUUAGAGGUAUCUCGGGAGGACAAAAGAAGAGAGUUACAACUGGUGAAAUGCUUGUUGGGCCGGCGAAUGCACUGUUCAUGGAUGAGAUAUCUACUGGCUUGGACAGUUCAACAACUUUCCAAAUUGUGAAUUGUAUAAGGCAAACCAUUCACAUCAUGGAUGGAACCGCUCUGAUCUCUCUCCUUCAGCCAGCACCAGAGACAUAUGAUCUCUUCGAUGACAUUAUCCUUCUAUCUGAAGGGCAAAUUGUCUACCAGGGUCCUCGUGAACAUGUUCUGGAGUUUUUCGAAUCCACGGGGUUCAAAUGUCCAGAAAGGAAAGGCGUGGCUGACUUCUUGCAAGAAGUGACAUCAAGGAAAGAUCAGCAGCAGUAUUGGUUUAACAAAGAAGAGCCAUACAGGUUCAUAACAGUGAAGGAAUUUUCUGAUGCAUAUCAAUCUUUCCAUGUGGGUCGAAAACUUGGUGAUGAGCUUGGAACACCAUUUGAUAAGACGAAAAGCCACCCUGCAGCUUUGACAACCAAGACAUAUGGUGUCAACAAGAAGGAAUUGUUGAAAGCUUGCAUCUCUAGAGAAUAUUUGUUGAUGAAGAGGAACUCAUUUGUUUACUACUUCAAGCUUGGCCAACUUGUGGUAAUGGCAUUUGUUGCUAUGACACUGUUCUUCCGAACCAAGAUGCACAGAGAUUCAUAUACAGAUGGAAUGAUCUACACUGGUGCCUGUUUCUUCACGGCUAUGAUGAUUAUGUUCAAUGGAAUGUCGGAGAUUUCUAUGACCAUAGUGAAGCUUCCUGUUUUCUACAAGCAAAGGGAUCUGCGAUUCUAUCCUUCAUGGGCGUAUGCUCUUCCAUCAUGGAUCCUCAAGAUACCUGUCGCUUUUGUAGAGGCUGGUGUUUGGGUAUUCUUAACCUAUUAUGUAAUAGGAUUUGAGUCUAAUGUUGGAAGGUUUGCAAAGCAAUUCUUAUUGCUUUUCAUUGUCAACCAAAUGGCUUCUGGAUUGUUCAGACUGAUUGCAGCAGCAGGCAGAACAAUGGUCAUCGCUAAUACAUAUGGUUCAUAUGUAUUGCUGCUGCUUUUUGCAUUGGGUGGCUUCAUCAUUUCACGAAAGGAUGUUAAGGACUGGUGGAUAUGGGCUUAUUGGUGUUCACCUUUGAUGUAUGCACAGAAUGCUCUCGUUGUUAAUGAGUUCCUUGGACAUGGUUGGAAAAAGAUUGUGCCAAGUUUUUCAAUGGAACCACUGGGAGUUGGAGUUAUGAAGUCUCGAGGGUUCUUCCCAUAUUCAUAUUGGUACUGGAUUGGAGUAGGAGCUAUGGUUGGUUUUACCCUGCUGUUCAAUUUUGGCUACACCUUGGCUCUCACUUUUCUCAACCCAUUCGGUAAGCCCCAGGCUGUUUUGCCAGAGGAGUCUCAGAGUAAUGAACAUAAAAACAGAAACCAUACAAGUAGUUCUAGUGACAGACCUCAAUCAGGCACAGCUUCACAGUCAAACCAUCAAAAGAAAAGAGGAAUGAUUCUUCCAUUUGAACCACAUUCAAUCACCUUCGAUGAAAUUAAGUACUCAGUUGACAUGCCAAAGGAAAUGAAACUGCAAGGGGUUGUUGAAGACAAAUUGCGGCUUCUGAAUGGAUUGAGUGGUGCUUUCAGGCCUGGUGUACUUACAGCUUUGAUGGGUGUUAGUGGCGCUGGUAAAACCACUCUGAUGGAUGUAUUGGCUGGAAGGAAAACUGGUGGAUACAUUGAGGGGACAAUCACAAUUUCUGGGUACCCGAAGAAGCAAGAGACAUUUGCUCGUAUUUCAGGAUACUGUGAGCAAAAUGAUAUCCACUCUCCUUUUGUAACAGUACAUGAAUCACUGAUCUAUUCAGCUUGGCUUCGAUUACCCCCGGAAGUUGACUAUGAAACUAGAAAGAUGUUCAUUGAGGAAGUCAUGGAGCUUGUGGAAUUAAAUACAUUGAGACAAGGACUAGUUGGUUUGCCUGGUAUAGACGGUUUGUCAACUGAGCAGCGCAAGAGGCUCACCAUUGCAGUAGAGCUUGUGGCAAACCCUUCAAUCAUAUUUAUGGAUGAACCAACUUCAGGUCUAGACGCACGAGCUGCUGCCAUUGUUAUGAGAACAGUUAGGAACACAGUGGACACAGGAAGAACGGUGGUGUGCACCAUUCAUCAGCCAAGCAUUGACAUAUUCGAAGCCUUUGAUGAGCUAUUUCUACUGAAGCGUGGGGGACAAGCCAUAUAUGCUGGGCCGUUGGGUCGCUACUCUAGUCUUCUUAUAAAGUAUUUCGAGGGAAUUCAAGGAGUUCCUAAGAUUAAAGAUGGUUACAAUCCAGCAACUUGGAUGUUGGAAGUCACCAGUGAAUCACAAGAAAUAUCUUUGGGGGUUGAUUUUGCUGAAAUUUUCAAAAACUCAGAACUGUAUCAGAGAAACAAAGCACUCAUCAGGGAUUUAAGCAAGCCUGUUCCAGGUUCAAAGGACUUAUAUUUCGCUACUCAAUACUCCCGAUCUUUCAUAACCCAAUGUAUGGCAUGCUUAUGGAAACAACGGUGGUCAUACUGGCGGAAUACGUCAUACACAGCCGUCAGAUUUUUGUUCACCUUCUUCAUAGCUGUGACAUUUGGGACAAUGUUCUGGGACUUGGGCACCAAAACGGACAAACGACAAGAUCUUUUCAAUGCAAUGGGUUCCAUAUAUGCGGCUGUUCUUUUUCUUGGUGUCCAGAAUGCCACAGCCGUGCAGCCGGUAGUGGCUGUUGAAAGGACAGUGUUUUACAGAGAAAAAGCAGCUGGACUGUAUUCACCAAUGGCAUUUGCCUUUGCACAAGUUGUAGUUGAGAUUCCUUACAUAUUUGCUCAAUCUGUAGUCUAUGGCAUUCUGGUGUAUGCAAUGAUAGCAUUCGACUGGGAUGCCGGCAAAUUCUUCUGGUAUUUUUUCCUCAUGUUUGUAUCUUUAAUGUACUUCACCUUCUAUGGCAUGAUGGCUGUGGCCAUGACACCAAACCACCACAUAGCUGCUGUGGUCGCCUUCUCCUUUUAUGAGUUGUGGAACCUCUUUUCUGGAUUCAUCGUCCCAAGACCUAGAAUUCCUAUAUGGUGGCGAUGGUACUUUUGGGGAUGCCCGAUUUCCUGGACAAUAUACGGGUUGGUGGCAUCACAAUUCGGACAAAUAGAGGAUAUUCUUGACAAUGGUCAAACAGUGAAGCAAUUUUUGGAUGAUUAUUUUGGUUACAAGCAUGAUUUUCUGGGCGCAGUUGCAGUUGUUGUUGUUCUAUUCACUGUGCUCUUUGCAUUUAUCUUUGCUCUGGGGAUUAAGAUAUUAAAUUUCCAGAAGAGAUAGAAAUUUUGUGUUGCUUUUUUGCUCUCAAUUAUUAAACUUGUAUUUUGCCAAUUAUUUAUAUAUAUAUAUAUGUAAGUGUGUGUGAGACAUCUGAUUAAUGUUGUAUUACGUAAGUGUUUGAUUGUUAUUUC